CGGUGAGAUGACGCCCUCCCGGAAGUGGCCUCUAGAGCGGUGGUGAAACUGGCAGUUGACGGCUCCUGGGACUAGAUCCCGCCAGGUGGCCCCUGAACUAUUUCUCUGCGUUUUCUCUUGAUCCUCCCGAAAUCUUCCAGAUUCGCGUAGUGAGGAAUCGUCUCCACCGUCAUGGGGGGCGGAGACCUGAAUCUGAAGAAGAGCUGGCACCCGCAGACCCUCAGGAAUGUGGAGAAAGUGUGGAAGGCCGAGCAGAAGCAUGAGGCUGAGCGGAAGAAGAUUGAGGAGCUUCAGCGGGAGCUGCGAGAAGAGAGAGCCCGGGAAGAGAUGCAGCGCUAUGCGGAGGAUGUUGGGGCCGUCAAGAAAAAAGAAGAAAAGUUGGACUGGAUGUACCAGGGUCCUGGUGGGAUGGUGAACCGUGAUGAGUACCUGCUGGGGCGCCCCAUUGACAAAUAUGUUUUUGAGAAGAUGGAGGAGAAGGAGGCAGGCUGCUCUUCUGAAACAGGACUUCUCCCAGGCUCUAUCUUUGCCCCAUCAGGUGCCAAUUCCCUUCUUGACAUGGCUAGCAAGAUCCGGGAGGACCCACUCUUCAUCAUCAGGAAGAAGGAGGAGGAGAAAAAACGAGAGGUGUUAAAUAAUCCAGUGAAAAUGAAGAAAAUCAAAGAAUUGUUGCAAAUGAGUCUGGAAAAAAAGGAGAAGAAGAAAAAGAAGGAGAAGAAAAAGAAGCACAAGAAACAUAAGCACAGAAGCUCGAGUAGUGAUCGUUCCAGCAGCGAGGAUGAGCACAGUGCGGGGAGAUCUCAGAAGAAGAUGGCAAAUUCCUCCCCUGUUUUGUCUAAAGUCCCUGGAUAUGGCUUACAGGUCAGGAACUCUGACCGUAACCAGGGUCUUCAGGGUCCUCUGACAGCUAAGCAAAAGAGAGGGUAUGGGAUGAAGAACCAUUCCAGAUCCACAAGCUCCUCCCACUCACCCCCAAGACAUGCCAGCAAGAAGAGCACCAGGGAAGCAGGGUCCCGGGACAGGAGGUCUCGAUCCCUGGGCAGAAGGUCACGGUCCCCAAGACCCAGCAAACUGUACAACUCUAAGGUGAACAGGAGAGAGACAGGCCAAACUAGGAGCCCAUCACCUAAAAAAGAGGUGUACCAAAGGCGACAUGCUCCUGGAUACACCAGAAAACUCCCCGCAGAGGAAUUAGAGCGAAAACGGCAAGAGAUGAUGGAAAACGCCAAAUGGAGGGAGGAGGAGAGACUGAACAUCCUCAAGAGGCACGCUAAGGAUGAGGAACGGGAGCAGAGGCUAGAGAAGCUGGACUCCCGGGAUGGGAGGUUCAUCCACCGCAUGAAGCUGGAGAGUGCAUCUACUUCCUCCCUGGAGGAUCGGGUGAAGCGGAAUAUCUACUCUUUACAGAGAACUUCGGUAGCUCUGGAGAAGAACUUUAUGAAAAGAUGAAAACUGUCCCCUCUCUUAUUGGUUUUCCUGCAUUUUCCAGGGAAGCUGCUGACCCCUUAAUUCUCUUUAUAAGAGUUCAAAUGACUUCUUUCACAGAUGUCAAACCACCAUUGUUCAAAGUGACCCUGCUCCAUCGAGUCCUGAAACAGCUCACUUCCUUUGAGAGCUAGUGUGACUUGCUUUGUGGGACACUCAGUAACUUUGGGUUUUGACUCUUUAACGGGUGAGCACUGGACCAUCUCGGUGGGAGUGCUUGUGCCACUCUGGGAAGGCUAUUCCCUGGGGUUGUGAUGUUUAUCAUGCCGCUUCCUUCUUACCUGUGCCAACAGACCUAUUUCACUGCCUCAGUGUACACCAGACCCUUCAGAAACCUCUCUGGUGUCACCCAGAUGAUUGUGCUUACUGAGACAAAUGAAUGUUUACUUGAUUUAGAAGAUAAUGUGACAGAAUGAUGUGAGGUUAGGUCAAAGCCAAGGGAGUGACAGAAUCUGGAAAAUCAAACAAUACAAAAAGCCCUAAAGGAACUGUUAACUGUUUGAUCUUUGGAUGUAAAAGUGUAAUGUGUAUAUGUACAAAUGUACAAUUUUUACAUGCUUUUAAAAAAGGUUAGCUUUGUGAAAAUACCUUGUUUUGUCAAUGACUUUACUGGGUAAUAGAACCACAUUGAACCUUGAUGGCAAGUAAUACAAUAAGGCAGCCCAGCUCGUUUUUCGCUCUGAAUCUGGCUGGUUUAGGAGGAGCCUGGGUUUAUCGACAAGAUCUGGAGUAUCUAUUCUUUUCCACUGCUUGCAGUCUCCAAUGUAGGCAGUGUAAAGGUAUAGUAAAAUGAUUUUAGGAGUCAGAACCAAAUUGCCAAUAUGCUCUAUGGCUCCUAAAGGAAAAUAAAAUGGAAGCUUUUUAUUUCGCGGCUUCAUUUCUUACCGUGUAGUAACCUUACUACAAUUACAGAUUUUCAGGAGUUGUUUGCUAGUCUCUUUCAGUCAGGUACUAAAAAAAAACAAAAAUAGGCUGGGCGCGGUGGCUCACACCUGUAAUCCCAGCACUUUGGGAGGCCGAGGUGGGCGGAUCACGAGGUCAGGAGAUGGAGACCAUCCUGGCUAACAUGGUGAAACCCCCUCUCUACUAAAAAAUACAAAAAGUUAGCCGGGCGUGGUGGCGGGCGCCUGUAGUCCCAGCUACUGGGGAGGCUGAGGCAGGAGAAUGGCGUGAACCCAGAAGGCGGAGCUUGCAGUGAGCCGAGAUUGUGCCACUGCACUCCAGCCUGGGUGACAGAGCGAGACUCCGUCUUAAAAAAACAACAGCAACAACAAAAAACAAAAACAAAAAAACCCUCGAGGGGCCACUCUUCUGUCUUUACUCCUUUUCCCUUCUCUAUUCUUUCACCAGAAGCCCUCAUUUGACCAGUGAACUCCUAGGCCCUCUUGACCCGCACAUUAGCUGGGCGAUUUCCUUGUUCUGCUAAUUCCUAAUUCUGCUUAAAAUGUAUUUGGAUUUCUGUUUUUGAACACUUACGAUGCCAGGCACUGUAAUGUUUGAAACCCGAUCUUUCCCUAGAGAAUGUAACAUACGUUUUUAUUCAUUUAAUCACUUCAUCAUGUUUCAUUAUGCAGGGGUUAAUUAUGUUUAUUUUAUUAAUUGGUAAUAAAGGCCACAUUUAUUUUUGUAACUGUUUAAA